GUUGGAACCUAUUUUAUUGAAAUAUAGCAACUGAAUAUAUAUAUAUAUAUAAACAUAUAUAACUAGACAUGUUGUUUUUCAGUUUUUUCAAGACUCUUGUUGAUCAAGAAGUUACCGUUGAAUUAAAGAAUGACAUUGAAAUUAAGGGAACAUUAAAGUCCGUUGAUCAAUACCUUAACUUGAAGUUGGACAACAUAUCAUGUGCCAAUGAGUCAAAAUAUCCACACUUAAAGUCAGUCAAGAACUUGUUCAUUAGAGGUUCAACCGUGCGUUAUGUGCACAUGAACGCCAACUCUGUUGAUUGCACCUUGUUACAGGAUGCUUCUCGUAGAGAGGCUAUGGUACAGGCAUCAAAAUAACCUAAUAACGCUCCCAUGUAUUAUAGUUUAUAGCAAAUUAAAGGAAAAAAUAAAAAAAAUUGAUAAUAACAAUAACAUG